CUUUGGAACCAUCCUCUUUCUUGCGACCCAAGCUGGAGCUCGAUCAAGAAGGGUCUACCGAAGCCCUCCUCUUUUCCUUUUCUCUCUUUUCCUCGGUCACCUUUCCUCCGCUCGAGCUCCCUUUUCUCGACUAUCUCUGGUCUGCAGUCAGAGGCUGGCUUGGUGGCGCGGUGCUUCGAUAUUCGUGCCGUGACGAGGACCCCUUCGGAUCAGUCUUGCCCUUUCCCCGUCGGCCAGGUCGGUCGGAUCUGGUGUGAGGAUAUCGAUUUUCCUACCCACAUCAUCUCUACUCCAGACUGCCUCCUUGCUGUGGGCUUUCGAAAAGGUCGGGUAAGGCAGGCUGGUCCUCGACUCGAGGAAAGCGGCCGCGCCCGACCGGCUGACACUCUCAACCUCUGGCAUC